CUUCACUCAGGUUGUCAUCAAUAAUCCUCGCGAAAGCGGUGCAAAAAAUCCUGCACCUGCGAGGAAUUGUGCCCCAACUGGAUUCGCCUGAUUUCGUGCAGUCUGCAACGAGGAUGCUUGUCGGUGAUGGUGGUGAAAAAAUAAAUAAAGCGAAGAAUUCUCGUCGUACGAUUUGGAGUUGGAACGCGGGACCAAAUUGCGCCUGGGGAGCUGCCAACUGUGGAUCCGCUUCGAGACCGAAGAGCGGGGCCGUGUCGUGGGCGGCGUUGAUGUUGGAGUCCCACAAGCUCGCCCUGACGUUCACAGACCACACUAAGCGGAGAUGGACCAGUUCCGUCGACGUGUUCAAAAUGGAGCACAUGUUAGACCCACGAGGAUGCUCGCUAUUCUACGGCGUCUUGGAGGCAGUGCAGGCAUAUGUUAUCCGACAUUGGCGUGGAGCAUGGAGACAGUAUAUUCAUUCGGUGGCAGCGGCUGGUCAGCCGUGGAGUCAGGAAGCCUUUCUGACGGACGAGUUCCUUCUUCUCAAAAAGGACUCUCGGGACUUGUUGCGUACGGUGCUAUCGAAGGUAAAAACAGGGACUGCGUCCCAACAGGGUCAGAAAAAGACGAAUUCGGGCAAGCAUAUCACGAGCCCGCGCGAUAACCUGGAGGAGCUACGUCUCGCUUUCGAAAACGAGGACAAGCAUUGGGCCACAAGCAGCGGAAAGAAGGAUCCGGCCAUGUCGUUUUCCCUAGCGGUACUAGCGCAGAUAUAUGAGCAGUACUUUGGAGAGGUUCCAAGUACCAAAGCCGGAGCAAAAAUGGCUCCACGACGCGAGCGGCUCGAGAAGAUUUUUUUUCCGGAUGGUAAAGAAAUCAAAAGUGUUUAUACACAGGACCAGAGAAAUUCUUUACAGCCAGUGUUCGAGCGACUUUUUUCCAGCGGAAAUGAUGCGCUCGGUGGAGACGCGGAAAUGAGCCAUGAGCUUUUGGACCCGAGGCAUCUUGAUGCUAUUGAAGCAGCACCAGCUGCACGCACGAGAGCAGGCCCUAUUGGUGGCGUAAAAAGGUGUCUGUUUUUUCGAUUGCAGCAGCAGGUACGAAGGAGCGCGAAGGCCGCGCCUUCUUUUGAUACCUUUGCGGCCGAUCACUACGAGGACUAUGCUACCGUGUCCUAUGUUACGCACAGGUCGACUCUACCGCUCUUCUCCAUACAGGCCUCGCAAUGGUUAAAGGUAUCGCCUGGCCUUGAGCUAGCUAGCCGCCCCUACGCCAUUACCGCGCUAGACGUACUCGCCUUCCCUGUAUCGGAAGUAGCUCCGUCACCUUCCACGACAAAUAGCGCAGACGCUGUUGGCCAUCAUCUGCCACCUGCGGGAGAUUAUCUUCUCAUUUACGCUAUCCAGCAGCGCGCGGUCGGUGACGCCACCACCUAUGUGUGGCGUGGACGGUCUGCCAAGGAGGUGCAGGAACAGAGUUUGGAAAUGAAGACGGAAAAACUGCGCGACUUACCGAUGGACGACUAUCACUGCGAGGUCUUCAACUUCGGUCAUACCCAGGUCAAACCCUGCCCGCCUCUUUCAACCAACGUUGGGACUCUGGGAGCUGCCUCGAGCAGCUGUAGACCCGGGCUUCGGACCGCUUUCGAAUUUCUGCCGGAGCGCCUUCUGCACUUGCUAAAUUUGUCACAAGAACGGCGUCCGAGUGACAACCAGCGCGCCACCCGGCAGCGGCUUUUUGACUCGGCACGUGGUCGCGGUGUCUACCGUGUACGGACUUUUUGCCAGGACCCGCCGUCCUUUGCUCAGGACCCCCAAGAGGCUAAAGUCUGGACGGAAAAACGACACGACGUUAGGUGGCUCAAGCUCUCCAACAAGGUGGAGGAAAAGGCGUGCCUUGAGAGGCUCGAUGGAGACGUCGUCACUGAGGAUAAUGCCUUCUGGAUGCCUUGGGAGAAUUUUGUUGCCCUUGGUCGGGGUCUGCCGCCUGGUGUGAAUGAGCAUCAUGUAUACACGGCUCCUCUACCGUCGCGACAGUAUGUGCAAGAGAGUGGCGCGCUGGUUGUGCGUCCAGCCCUCGGCGUUGAUCGUAAAACGGGGAGUUUCGUCACGAAGCGGCCAAGGUCUGCGUCUGCCACCAGUGGAGGAGCACCGUGGAACCCCGCGGAGCAGGCGGAAGUUGUGCCUGCGGCUGGUCCUGGCGAGACGACGGUAGGUGCCGGUGGAGGAGGUGGAGCAGAUGAGGGUGCUCCGAGCUCGGGCGGGACAACAGGAGGAGCACCGCGGAACCUCGCGGAGCAGGCGGAAGUUGUGCCUGCGGCUUGUCCUGGCGAGACGACGGGAACUGCCGGUGGAGGAUCUCGUGGCGAGUCUCAAGCCGAUGCUGGCUCUGGCUCUGCGCAAACUGAGAUUGUCCUAGCCGUGCUGGCUUCCGUGAUCGCAUUCGUUGUCCUCCUUCUCAUUUGCCUUCGGAAGUGCCUGAUUCGAUCAGAUGCGGCCGCAGACGAACAGUGGACACCUAAAAAUCCUGGAGGUGAGCAGGCGUAUGGAGGUCCGUACGAACAGUGGACACUUAAUCCUGCAGGUGAGCAGGCGUAUGGAGGUGAGCAGGAGUAUGGUAAUCCUGGCGGUAACUACGUGGCAAAGCCAAAGCGAAAGCGUACGGACCAGAAGAAAAGUAAAACAAAGAAGAAGAACAAGAAGAAAAAGGAGAAAAAAAGUACUUAGUAGUGCCAAUGUGCGUCAUGAACAAGAUCAAGAUGGCGAGAAACUAUAAACUUACGUGCAACCUGAGCCUCGCACUUUUUACAUGCAGCCUCGCAAGCUCAUGCGCGAUCAUUUUAGCCCACAGAUCCACAAUGAUGUUUCCCAAUUAUACUGCCAUACUGCGAGC